AUGAGUUCCGCCAAUAAUUCGGGUGGCUUCUGGCCGCCUCGUCGCCCUUCGAAGCGAAGCAAGCUUCGGAAUGGCACGUUUAUCAUCCCGUCUACAGGCGAGAGGUCUAGACGUCAGUUCACCUUGCGCCUAGCACCAGACUCGACCGAGCCGACUGAAGACAACGCCGAAGAAAGGCGACCCUUUUAUACAAGGGCGGGCAUGGCCCAACGAUUCCGGGCCUUGGGGGGGCGCACCCGAGACGGCGCAAAGCACUUUUGGCAGUGGCUCCAUACGUCGCAGGGCAGAGGCGUCAUGAAGUGCACCAUUGCCUAUACUCUGGCUAGUCUGUGGACAUUUUGGGGUCCUCUCUCAGAUUCCCUUGGAAGACCGGAUGGAAAGCAUGUUUGCGCAACCAUCACCGUCUACUUCCACCCAGCCCGGACCGCCGGAUCCAUGAUCGAGGCCGCCUUGAUCGCCAUCAUCGCCGUAUGCUAUGCCGAAAUCAUCUCCAUCCUAUCCAUGGCCGCGUCAGUAUUCUUUGGAUCAGUCCUCAGCUCGCCUACAACGGCAUAUGUCGUUGUCUUGAUGGUCUUCAUCGGUGGUGGCUUCGGGUUUGCUGGAUGGGUUAAGCAAAGGAUGAACCACCCGUCCGUCAAUGUUGGCGUGACGCUGGCGUCUUUGGCUAUCAUCGCAGCUGUAACAAAGGAGACGACGGUGUAUACAAGCGUGUUCUCGAACGAGAAGAUCCUGCAGAUGCUACAGAUCCUGGUUAUUGGAGUCACGACGACCACGGCUGUGAACUUACUUCUUUGGAGGGUGUCCGCUCGCAUCCUCCUCCGCCAGUCCAUGAUCAAGGCUUCUACGUCGCUCGGGGACAUGCUCUCCAUGAUCACACACAGCUUCCUGAGUGGUUCGGAAGACGAACUUUCCAUGCCCGAGUUUAAGGGCGCUGCCAACGCCUGGCGUUCCAACUACGCGGCGAUGACGAAAAACCUCAAGGAAUCCAAGUACGAAUACUAUGCAAUCGGGCGUGAAAAGACUUACCAGUUGGACAAGGCUGUCUACAAGUCCAUGGAGAAUCUUGCCCAAUCGAUUGGCGGUUUGAAGAGUGCAGCUCAUACACAGUUUGAACUACUGAAAGAACUCCCCGAAGCUACGUCAGGCCUCCUGUCACCAGGUACUGAAUUUGCACCCCAAAAUCUGGGCCGAUCUAUCGCUACAUUGCUCAAAAGUGGCAAGGAUCGUACCACAGUUCUGUCGGCCAUAGAUGAAGCCACGGAUGAAAGCAGCAGCGAUGAUGCCAGUCGCAAAAAGCCAGUCCGUUCAGCAUCGCAAGGCGAAGCCACUCCAGCCUUCCGGGCGCCAUCUGACAUCUUUGAGCUAUUCAUCGAGCUUUUAGGACCUUCUAUGAAGUCCCUUACAUACACACUGUCAGAAGUACUCCGCGAACCGCCGUUUGGAGGCCCGCCCAACUAUGAAAUCACCAUCCAUGAUCAGUUCCGGCAAAGCCUUUCAGACGCAUUGGGUUUGUUCAAUGGUGCCAGAGCAGAUGCACUGAAGGAACUCUAUAGGAGCAUUGAGCUUGGCCGUCCCCGAUCAGAAAAGCUCAAGGCAGAUUUCGAGGAGGUUGCAGCAGCUUGCGGUCAUUUCAGUUUCAGUCUUCAGACAUUUGGUGAAGAAAUGUCCCGGUACUUGGACGUUCUAGACGACCUGAGGUACAUCACGGAGCAUGGAAAACGCAGCUGGAGAUGGGUUCUGUUUUGGAGAGACCCCAGCGCUAUGACGCAGAACAUGUCGCUUUUGCCAUUUGAUGACCCCGAUCGAGAACCCGUGAGGCCGCUUAGGAAGUCACAGCUACCACGGGGCAUUCCGGAUUCUAUGUUGCAGCGAAGAGACACCUAUAGUUGGCAGGCGUCUCCGCAGUCUAACAAGAUCGUCCAAACAUGGUCGCAAUGGCUGUUGAAGGUGUUUCGAGUCUUGCGACGUGAAGACAUCCGUUUCGGCUUGAAGGUCGGUCUUGGCGCCAUGCUCUUCGCGAGUCUUGCCUUCUUCAACGCGACGAGACCUACUUAUACACACUGGCGAGGCGAGUGGGGACUUCUCUCCUUCAUGAUCGUCUGCUCUAUGACCGUAGGUGCUUCGAACACAUCCGGCUUCACCCGUUUCAUCUCGACGGUCAUUGGCGCGUCGUACUCGGUAAUCAGCUGGGACAUCACCCAAGGCAACGCGGUCCCUCUUAUCUUCCUUGGCUCGUUCAUUGCUUUCUGUACCUUUUACAUCAUUAUACAGUACAACAAGGCACCCCUGGGCCGGACCAUUCUACUGGCGUACAACGUAUCCACACUGUACGCUUACAGUCUAUCUCAGCAAGUCGACGAUGAUGAUGAUGACGAAGGUGGUGUUCACCCUCUCAUCAUGGAGAUUGCCAAGCACAGGGCUUUCGCUGUCACGGCUGGCAUUGUCUGGGCCCUCAUCGUCUGCCGCCUUGUUUGGCCUAUCUCAGCUCGUAAGAAGUUCAAGGAGGGCAUGUCGGUGCUCUACCUCCAGAUGGGCCUUAUCUGGAAGCGAGGACCCCUUGCCAUCCUUUUGAGAAGCGACUGUACACGAUCUUACCUCAAAUCAGGCGAGCAAGCUGCUCUGCAGCGCUACGCCUCUCACCUGGACGUACUUCGAACCGCGUCCACUUCUGAAUUCGAGCUCCGGGGGCCCUUUCCCUUCGAGGCUUACGGCCGCAUCAUGGCGUCGACAAACCACAUCCUCGACGCAUUCUAUGCGAUGAGCCUAGUCACCCAGCGCAGAGGUCACUUGACCGAGGGUGAGCGUGCGUUGUUGCGCGCUACAGCUGACGAGAGAGCUCAGCUAUGCGACCGCAUCUGCCACGUGUUCCAGGUGCUAGCUAGCUCCAUCAUGCUCGAGUACCCGCUCACGGACGCCAUCCCCAGCAUCACGAGCAAUCGCGACCGGCUCCUCGGAAAGACCUUCCAGUUCCGCAAGGAGCACGCUGCAGCGCUAGCAGCGGCCUCCGGCUCGUCGCUACCCGGUGGCGCUAGGGCGGUCAGUAGCCCCGGAACUGAGUCAGACGACGCGGGCGGCAGCAGUAGUAAGGGUGCUGCUGCUCCGCAGCCGAUCCCGCCCCAGGGCCUUACCACGGUCGAUGGGAAGCCGGUGCUCGUGGAGGAGCGCGACUACGCGCUGCUGUACGCGUACGCCCUGGUCACUGGCCAGGUUGCUGAGGAGCUCAAGAUGGUGGAGAAGGAGAUUGAAGGCUUGUUUGGCGUUCUACACGAGGAGUCGCUGCUGCUGCAGUGA